AUGAAUAGAUACGGCACCGAGACGCUCUCAGACAUUGUAGCCCGCGCUGAAGCUCAAGCAUCGUCCUACGGCAUCAAGCUAGAAGCGUUGCAGACGAAUCACGAAGGCGUCUUGUUGGAUCGCAUACACGCGGCCAGGACGGAUGGGACAGAAGCGAUCGUCAUCAAUGCGGGAGCGUGGACGCAUACGAGCGUAGCCAUCCGGGACGCAUUACUAGGUAUCGACUGUCCCUUUAUCGAGCUUCACAUAUCCAACACGCACGCCCGAGAGUCUUUCAGGCAUCACAGUUACCUCAGCGACAAAGCCAGCGCCGUGAUUCUAGGCAUGGGAACAUUUGGAUACACGGCAGCUAUCGAGCAUUGCGCUCGCAACCUCAGAAAGGGAGGUCUUUCUAAAUAA